AUGUUAUAUAUAUCUUACAGAUUGUGGGCUGAUGUAUUUCGAGUACAUGGGGAUGGUGAAUACAUGAGAUGGCAACGUGUUUCUGAUGAUGUGGUUCCAAUCAACAUCUCCUGUAUUGAAGAUACGCCUAGCACUGUUUUUCAGAUUACAGCUUACAACCGACACGUGGAAAAGAUUUUUGAUGUAAAGAUCACUCAACCAGGAACAAUAAUAUGUCCAGCAACUGAAAGCUUUGUUCAUUGGCGUGAUCCUAUCAAUCAAUGUGAAUGGGGCCUUAAUUUCUCCACGGCUACAGAUGCUCAUCGUUUCCGAGACUGUUGUGCGGUAAUUAAUCUUAUUUUAUUUCUCACAUACUCAAGGUUUAAUUUUUAUCAACUGUGUGUCUGCUAUCAAACAAUAAUCUAA